GUGUUUUAGAUUCCAAGUGGCUUGCAUGUAAAAAGGUCGUGAUUGAAAAGAACGUAUAGAACGUAUAGACGAAUUUCAAAGAAAAAUGCGAGCGAUUGUUAUUUUAACGCUGCUCGCUGGUCUGGCAGUAAUUGCUCAGGCCACGAAUCCGCCACGUUGGGACCCCAACUACAUUGUGAAGGGCACACUGUACAUUCCCUAUGCCGAAAUCGCCGAGCCCUUCUAUGCCUGGUACGACAAAAACACGAAACGCUCCCGCAUCGAUUACUAUGGCGGCAUGGUGAAGACGUAUCAGCUUGCCAAUGAGGGCUAUGGCAUUGCAUUGAAACUGGCGCCAGUCUCAACGCGUGACGCGCUCAACAAGGAGACCUGUCUGCAGGUGAACGGCACCGCUGAGCAACAAGUAACCAUCCAAAGCAUUUUGCCGGAUGCCAAACCCUUCAGCCUGGUGGGAACCGAGACUUUUCUGGGCUUUACCUGCGACAAGUUCCGGCUGGAGACGACCAUUGGCCAGAAGAAAAAUGUGUACACCUUGUGGGUUCGUUACAAGAAGUCGCCGCAUUAUCCGGCCUCACGUAUGCCGAUUCCAGUACGCUACGAGAUGCGCGGCUAUAACACGCUUCUCGGCUCACACUAUGAUCAUUACUAUCUGGACUAUGAUAGCUACGAGCACGACGAUAUACCGAACGAAGUCUUCGAAAUCGACGAGAGCUUGACCUGCACAGGAUUCCCAGGUCCGGGCACUGGCCACUUCGCCACCUUCAAUCCCAUGCAGGAGUUCAUUGGCGGCACUGAUGAGCAUGUGGACGCAGCAUUCCAUCACUUUAAACGCAAGCAUGGCGUAGACUAUCGCACCGACAAGGAGCACGAACAUCGCAAGAAUAUCUUCAGACAGAAUCUGCGUUUUAUUCACUCCAAGAAUCGCGGCAAGCUUAGCUAUAAGCUGGGAGUUAAUCAUUUGGCUGAUAAAACGGAGGAGGAACUGAGGGCACGUCGCGGCUACAAAUCAUCGGGCAUUUAUAACACAGGAAAACCUUUCCCCUACAAUGUGUCGCAGUACAAGGAUCAAAUCCCGCCCAACUAUGAUUGGCGUUUGUAUGGAGCUGUAACGCCAGUCAAGGAUCAGUCGGUGUGCGGCUCCUGCUGGUCGUUUGGCACUAUUGGUCACCUGGAGGGUGCAUAUUUCUUAAAGAACGGCGGCAAUUUGGUGCGCCUUUCGCAACAGGCUCUUAUUGACUGCUCCUGGGGCUAUGGCAACAAUGGCUGUGAUGGUGGCGAAGAUUUCCGUGUCUAUCAGUGGAUGAUGCAAGUGGGUGGUGUGCCAACUGAGGAGGAAUACGGUCCAUAUCUGGGUCAAGACGGCUAUUGCCAUGCCAAUAAUGUGACAUUGGUGGCGCCAAUCAAGGGCUUCGUCAACGUCACCUCAAACGAUUCCACCGCCUUUAAGGUGGCGCUCCUUAAGCACGGUCCCAUCUCUGUGGCAAUUGAUGCGUCACCAAAGACAUUCAGCUUUUAUUCCCAUGGUGUUUACUAUGAGCCGGAGUGCAAGAACGAUGUAGAUGGCUUAGAUCAUGCCGUCUUGGCUGUUGGCUAUGGCAACAUCAACGGUGACGAUUACUGGCUGGUGAAGAACUCCUGGUCCACAUAUUGGGGCAAUGAUGGUUACAUCUUAAUGUCGGCCCGCGACAAUAACUGUGGAGUUAUGACCAUGCCCACUUAUGUUGAAAUGUAAACCGUGUUUUGAUACUUUAUUAUUCUUACUCUUUUUAUACGAUCGUGCCCCCGGGGCUUUAAAUUUAUACCAAGUACAUACACUUUUUUCAAAACAAA